AUGUUGGAUUGUAAACCGAUUGAUACCCCUAGUGAGCAGAAUCAUAAGUUGGGGAUAUAUCCCGAUCAAGUUCCGACUGAUAAAGAACGUUAUCAACGACUUGUGGGGAAGUUGAUUUAUUUGGCUCAUACUCGUCCAGAUAUUGCGUAUGCUGUAAAUAUAGUGAGUCAGUUUAUGCACUCUCCUAGUGUGGAUCAUAUGGGGGCUGUGACUCGUAUUUUAAGGUAUCUGAAAGUAACUCCUGGCAAGGGGUUAAUUUUCUCCAAGUAUGGCCAUACGAAUGUAGAAGGGUAUACAGAUGAUGAUUGGGCAGAGAAGAGCGACGUUUAUAGCUUUGGCGUGGUCCUUGCUGAGCUCUUGACUGGACAAAAAGCAGUUUCUUUGAUGAGUUCACAAGAAAGCAGAAGUCUAGCAACUUAUUUCCUGCUUUCCAUGGAGAAUAAUCUUCUAUUUAAUAUUCUUGAUUCUCAAGUUAUGAAGGAUGGUAGAAAGGAAAAGAUUACAGCAGUUGCUAACCUUGCUGUUAGAUGCUUGAAUUUGAAUAGAAGGAAUCGUCCUACUAUGAAAGAAGUAGCAGUGGAGUUGGAGGGAAUUCAACUGUCAGUUAGAGCUGACUCUGAUGUUCAACAAGUUUUCCCAGGGGUCCGAUGUGUCCAAACUCAGGAAAUAAAUGAGGUUUGGGAUGUUGUUUCUACAUCAACAGGUCCUUGUACGGAUGGCGGUACAGGUUCUUCAUUCGAUGUACAACCACUAUUGUUUUUCAAUACACAGUGA